AUGAAGAUUCUUCUUUUUCAUUUCCUUUAUUUUAUGUAUAUAUUAAAUUCUCUUACUAUUAUUAUUACUGCUACUAAUACUAAUGCUAUUACUAGUACUAAAUCAGAUUUGUUGAAAUACAAACGGAAUAAAAGAUUUAUUCAACAAUAUAGAACAAUGUCACAGUCAAUGUUUAUGGGUGAUUUAAAAAAGUUGAAUGUACGCCUGCUUGAGGAGGAGUCGAUCGGUAGAGAAGUAGCUAAUUUACAAUUCUUAAUCAAUCAUUCAAUGCCUACUACUUCAGGUAGCAAUAAUAAUAACAAUAACAAUCUAAAUCAACCAACUGAUAACAGUAAUACUCACAGUGGUGAUGAUAACGAUAAAUUGAAAAAGUCGAACAAUUAUUACUAUCAAAUAUUUAAUAGUGAACCACAAUCGAAAUACUUUCAUUUAGACGCACAAACUGGUGUGUUGAGAGUGGCUAGACGAAUAGACAGGGAUCAGUUAUGUCCAACAUUUAAAUCUUGUUGUGCAUAUUCUAGUUAUUCAGAUUAUCGUACAGAUUAUAUGCAUAAACCAUCACAAAUGAAUUUAGCUCAUAAUUCUGUAGAUAAUGAAAAAGUAUCCACUUGUCAGUUGGAUUUAAAUAUACGCUCAGAUGAUCAAUAUACAAAUAUUAUUACAGUUAAUGUACAAAUUAUUGAUAUAAAUGAUAAUGCACCAACAUGGUUAUUAGGAAGUAAAUCAGGAUUUUUAAAUCUUGCAGACGAUUCACAGAAACAGGAUGUGAUGCAUGUUUACGUAUCUGAAAGCAGCCUUAUUGGAGAUACAAUACAACUGACGCCUGCAGUGGAUCAAGAUGCUGGAUCAAAUAACAUAAUCAAAUAUUUGAUUGAACCUCAAGUUCCUGAAUUUGAGUUAGAAUGGACAUCAUUAGAUAGAGAUACAUCGAUUACAAAUCUUCAAGUGUCUGAUGAUUUACAAUCCAAUGUAAUAUCUUCAUUUUCUGAAACUUUGAACAGAUCUCCACCAGGGCCAAGGCAUGAACUCCGAUUAAUUGUUCGAAGCCCGCUAGAUAGAGAAACUGAAUCAUUAUAUGAAUUUAAUUUAACUGCUGUUGAUGGAGGAUCGCCUAGUAGAAAUGCAACAAUUUUAUUACAAGUGCAUGUAACAGAUUUCAAUGAUAAUUCUCCAAUCUUUGAAAAAGAUACUUACAUUGUGGAUUUACGGGAAAAUGCCAGACCACAUACACCCGUCGUACAGGUUAAAGCGACUGAUAUUGACGAAGGAAGUAAUGCUCAAAUUAAAUAUCGAAUAAGUUCACUAACUAAACCAGAAUUUAUGCGAUUAUUUGCUUUGGAUCCAAUUACUGGUUGGAUACAUGUUCAAUGGGAAGUAGACUAUGAAAUCCACAAGAAGAUAAUACUGACUGUUGAAGCCAGUGACGGAGGAACUUUACCUAGAAGCACCACAUGUAUUGUUGAAAUUACUGUGUUGGAUGAAAAUGAUCAUUCACCUGAAUUACACUUUGAACCAGCGCAUUUAACAAAUUAUGCACUAGUACCAGAGAAUGAAAAACCUGGCCGACUGGUUGCCGUUUUUACAGCACAGGAUAAAGAUAGCGGAGAUAAUGGACGACGUUCUGAAAGUGUAGAUACAUGUGAAGAUAUGAAGAUUCUCAGGGAUAAUGCUAAACUCACCUAUUGGUUAAGUGGACAAAACGCUGAUUUUAUUGAAGUGAAUAAAAUCACUGGUCAUUUAAGUACACAAAAGGCAUUAGACAGAGAAAUGUUGCACGAGCUACGCUUCCAUGUUCAUGCUGCAGAUAGUGGUUUGCCUAGUUUGAAUGCUACUGCUGAUGUUACAAUUACAAUUCAAGAUGUAAAUGAUAAUCCACCAAGUAUAUUGGAUAAAAUAGAGUUCUAUGUAUUAGAGAAUCAUACAGCAUCUUUAUCAAUUGGAAAGAUUACUGCUCAUGACUUAGAUAUUGGUAGAAAUGCUGAAAUUUCAUAUGCACUUAUCCAAUGCAUAGCAUAUAAGUCAACGAAUUUAAAUACUUCCGAAAUGGCAGAUUUUCAGUCAGCUACAGUAUCUUUUGAUGAUUAUUUAAGAAUUCAAGAAAAAAUAUAUCCCAAUCACUAG